UCAGCCUUCAGUCAGUCGUAUGUUUAGUUGUGUGGCGAACGGGACGUGAUGUUGUGUCGGAAAAAAACUUUUUAGCUCUCUCUUAAAUUACAUUUUGAGCAACAAUAUUAGGACAUUUGGAAAUAGUAGAGUACCACGUCAAGUUUUUAAGUUUGGAUUUUAUUAGCAGUCGACUUUACAAGAGUGACUCGUGUAGUCGUGGAUAUUAUUGUUGUGACAAGACUUAUCGGAAAUUUUUGUUAUACCUUGCUGAGCUCACUCAGGUGUGAGGACUGACCGCUGUGCAUAUGUCGUUACAGACUGUCAGGUGUACGGUAGUAAUAUAUCGAACAUCCAGAGAACGGAUUUAACCUUCGAAGAGUAUUUUUUGGAACUUAAGAUGCCACCUCAGACAAUGAUGGACCACAACACUAAUUUAUUACCCGAACCCGAGAACUCGAACCCUAAUUCACACCCUGUCAAAUGUGUUUUGAUUGGCGAUGGGGCAGUAGGGAAAACUUCUCUGAUUGUUAGUUACACAACAAAUGGAUACCCUACGGAAUAUGUGCCUACGGCGUUUGACCACUUUUCAGUAUUAGUAACAGUUGACAAUAAUCCUGUUCGUUUACAACUUUGUGAUACAGCUGGACAGGAUGAUUUUGACACUUUGCGGCCUUUAUGCUACCCGAACACUGACGUCUUUCUUGUUUGUUUUAGCGUUGUUUCACCAACAUCCUUUAAAAAUGUUCUGGAAAAAUGGGUGCCGGAAAUCAAAAAACAUUCACCCAAAACACCAAUUGUUUUAGUCGGAACUCAAGGUGACCUCAGAAAUGACGUCCAAGUUCUCAUCGAGUUGGCGCGAUAUCAAGAAGUUCCUGUGUCGGAAACCGACGCCUUACAUUUAGCGGAUCAUAUUGGAGCCAUGCAAUAUGUGGAGUGUUCAGCUCUCACCCAGAAAAACCUUAAGGAAGUGUUUGACACGGCCAUUCUUGUGUCCUUAAAACUGACAAGUGCCUUAAAACGUACACCUAGCAGAAGAUCUAAACGAAGUAAACUCUCGAUUGACACAAAAACUCCACCAGACGUGAAUUCUUCCGACGCUAAAAAGACUGGUUGGAAGAAGUUUUGCUGUUUCAUGUGAUAAUUAAUAGAAAUGGCACCUGUGCUUCCAAAACAAAUAUCAAAUCUUUGUGGCAAUAAGAGAGGUGUAGUGUUGUAAUAAACUGAAUGGAGCGACUUUAAACAAUAAAAAGCCAAACGUGCUGUAAAUAUUAAUAAAAUUAUUUAUCAAUCGAAAUAAAAACUGCUCCGAUGUGUCGCUCAUGAUUUGGCUCAUUCUAUGAUUUAUCUAAUCUUGCAAUUUUUGGUGGAGAGCAGCGGGAUGGAGUAUUGCUUCCUGCGCAGGAAUUGAAUCUAAGACUUUCAUCCUAAUUUGGAAUUAAAAUCGAGACCCGUAUCCAGAUAGGAAUCGGUUGGAUUUUUGUAGUUUUGGAUCUUCUCGGAAUCGUGAAAUUGUUAUAUAGUAUAUGAAAUUUGUUAAUUGAAACUAUUAAUAGACAUUGCUCAAAAUGGAAGGAAGAACCUACUUACGUGUGACUUAUGGAUUUAUUUUUUCGUAAAAAAAAAAGAGUGGCGUAAAAGUGAAUAGAAACUUAAUAUUACACUACGAAUAAUAUGUGACCGACAAGACUGUCUCGUUAACUAAGAUGGCAGCCAUUAAGCCAACUAUCGUCAAUUAAAUAUUGUCCAAUGUCCCACAAAGAACUCUAUACUUAAUUUUUUCGAUUGGGAUCUAUGAAUACGUCACAAUAAAUGCGACACCAUCCUACAGAGUUGUUGAUGGAAUCGUUUGUUUUAAGUAAUGUUUUCUUGUUUAUAAACGUUUUUAUUUUAUUUAAAUAAUGCAAAUUUUGUGCUUUCAUGAACUUUUGGUAAAAAAAAAUGUGACCAGUUUGUGCUUUCAUAAUAAAUUCUCCAAUUAAAAGGCAUCUUUUUCAUAGAAAUUCUAUUUCUUUUUAUAUGUUUUUUUUAUAUUUUCAAUCUUUUUUUUUUUUUUUGUGUAAUUUAUUCUUUGUCAACAGUUUCAGGCGUUAAUAAGCUAUAUUUAUGACCACACACAUAUAAAAAUAAUAAUAUUAUUACCGAGUCAAACAAAAUAAUUUCUGCUUCCAUUGUCAGAAAUGCCUCAGUAAUCCUAAUGUUAUUGUUAUGGUAAUGAAAUUGUGUACCCGUGUCUGUGUAUUCAUUCUUUAACCACACAAAGAUAAAAAAAUAUUAUUACAGAACCUUCUCUUGGUUAAGUCAGUUCGUUAAUGGAUAUUCAGGGAUUCUGUAUUUGAUGGAUAUUCAGGGAUUCUGUCUUUGAAUAUUACAUAGUUAAAAUUAAACCUUAUUCCCCAUCAAUCUCAGAACAAAAAAAGCCAAAAGAUCAGUACUUUAAUGAAUAUUCAAGAAUUCUAUCUUCGAAUAUUACAAUGAUAUCAUUAACCUUGUUUCCAUAUUAUUCCCAAAACGGUAUAAGGAACUAUUUAGAAUGACCUAACAGCACUCUGUUGUAAUAACUUCUACAGACCAUUAUUCUUGUAAACAUUACUACAGAAUAUUUCUAGGCUUGUCUGAAACUGUUUUGAUAAGCCCACAUUGAAAUGUGGUUGUAUAUAGUUGUCACUUAUAUCUGUCUGUCCGUCCUUCCCUAUACGUUUUCUUGUGGAUGCUCUAGAAAUUAAAGUUAUCACCUGUUUGGCUUGAAAUUUAUACUCAAUCUUUGAAGUUCAUGAAGCCUAUAGAAGAAUUCAUUGAUUUUCAAAAAUUUCCAAUAGCUUGAACAGCUAAUGUUAUAAUCGGAUUACCAGUAUAUAUUUCUGUUAGCACUGAGAAGCCUGUUAAAUUUUACUUAUUUCUGAUAAUUACUUCAUAGGUUAUUGCCCUUGAGUCAUAAAUACAUGUAAUUGCUCCCAUUACCUAUGCCCGGACAACUUAGCUGCUGUGGGCGUAUUUUUCGUUGCCUGGCAACCUUAUCUUGUAUAUAAUUAAAAGCUUACCUUCCUCAGCUUAUUUUUACUCUCUAAGAAUUUGCUCCCAUACAGCUUCUUUUUUUGUUAUUUUUUCGUAUUCAUUAAGCUUUUGGUAAAGGCGUAUUAUCUUAGAGAUCGUUUUUUAUUUUUCGUCAAUGUGAUAUUCUUUUACAAAGUUAUGAUUAUCCAGUCUUCUGAGUUAGGAUUAAGAUGAAUUAAAGCCAUCUCUGAUCAUCAUUUGCAUUUUCAGAUAUUAUCUGAAUUUUGGGACAUUAUCCGAAUUUUCGAGAAUAUAUGAAUUAGGGACAUUAUCUGAAUUUUGGGGAAAUUAUCUGAAUUUUCGAGAAUAUCUGAAUUUUGAGACAAUAUCUGAAUUUUCACAGCUUAAUCCACGUGGAGAUAUACUCAAAUUGAUUAUUCAACAUUUAAUUAAGAUAUCAAAACCAAAAUAUUAAGGGUGGGUGGGUAGUCUAGUGAAAUCAUGAGGUUAGUCAUUGAGUCAGGUGGUGUGGUUUUGAUUCCUCGCUUGUACGUGACAAGGAAUAGGGUCACCUAUCCAACCUCAUGAGUUUUCACCGGGUCCUCCAGGUUUCACCCCACUGCUAAAGACCCCUAAGCCAAGUGAAUUAUUGAAAUAAAAUUAAACCAUAUGUUAGUCCCGAAGUGACCUGGUUUGUGUCAAGUGGAUGUUAAACCCCAGAGAAUGACUAAAAGUUGUGAAAUUUUCAAUUUAACAUAUCUGAAUGGAAUUAAAAUACUUGUGAUGGAUUCAACUUUGAAACAAAUUGAAACUAUUGUAGUUUCAGAUUGCGAUCAGCAGCUUUUAUAAUAAAUCUGAUGAUUGAAUGUUAUUCUCCAGAAAAUUUUGAUUCGCAAACUUCUGGUGAUGAUAGGAAGACAGAAUUUGAGAAAAGAUACAUGAAGGUUUAGGAAAUUAAUAUUGAAUUUUGUAAAUAAUUAUGGACAAGAAUUAUUUAUUUUCUGUGACAUUCUUUUUGGUUAACUAAUUUAUAAAUAUUUGAUUAAAUAUUAUAUUGGUAGCUUUACCUUUUUUUUGUAUUUUUCUGUUUGGAAAAUUAGAUGAAUUAAGAUGCCUUGCUUUGGUCAUUUGUUUUCGUUUCCUGGUCAAAUAAAAGAAAUAAUAUUUUUAA